AUGCUCGCAGUGAGAAGGAUGCUGCAACAAGCGCUGCGCGUGUCGGCCCGAGGCGCCUUCCCGCUGCUCAAAUGGAUGGAACGCUGCACGGAGCGCGUGUCCGCGGGGCACCAGGGCGCGAGGACCCUGGACCAGAUGCCCGGACCCAACGUGCUCAGCUUCGCCUGGGACCUUUUUGCCAAACGAGGGUUGUCCAGACUGCACGAGCUGCAGUUGGAGGGUCUGCAGAGGUACGGUCCCAUGUGGAAAGCAAGCUUCGGCCCGAUCUUGACGGUUCAUAUAGCUGACCCAGGGCUGAUCGAGCAGGUGCUGAGACAGGAGGGCCUUCACCCCAUGAGGUCCGAACUGUCCUCCUGGAAAGACUAUAGACAGCUACGUGGGCACCACUACGGCCUGCUCACUGCUGAAGGGGAGGAGUGGCAGACGGUGAGGAGUCUUCUGGGGAAGCACAUGCUCCGCCCCAAAGCGGUCGAGGCGUACGAUCAAACCUUAAACAGCGUCGUCUCAGAUCUCAUCGACAAACUGCGAUUCUCCAGAAAGAAGAGCGGACUGGUGCCGGACAUCGCCAGUGAAUUCUACAGAUUUGGACUGGAGGGCAUCUCUUCCGUCCUGUUCGAGUCCCGGAUCGGCUGCUUGGACCCUGUGGUCCCCGAGGAGACGGAGCGCUUCAUUCAGUCCAUUAACACCAUGUUUGUGAUGACCCUCCUCACCAUGGCCAUGCCUCAGUGGCUCCACCAGAUCUUCCCCAAACCCUGGAGCAUCUUCUGUCAGUGCUGGGACUACAUGUUUGACUUUGCUAAGGGCCACAUUGACCAGCGGAUGGCAGCAGAGGCGGAGAAAGUGUCGCGGGGGGAGAAGGUGGAGGGGCGGUACCUGACCUACUUCCUGUCCCAAACCGGUCUCCCCAUGAAGACCGUCUAUAGCAACGUGACAGAGCUGCUGCUGGCUGGAGUCGACACGAUCUCCAGUACUUUGUCAUGGUCCCUGUAUGAACUGUCCCGUCACCCCGAGGUGCAGUCCAGACUUAGGGGCGAGGUGCUCAAAGUUCUGGGUGAUCGUCGGAUCCCAAACGCGGCUGAUGUGGCCCAGAUGCCCCUCCUCAAAGCCACAGUCAAAGAAGUGCUCAGGUUGUAUCCAGUUAUUCCCGGCAACGCCCGAGUCAUCACAGAGAGAGACAUCCAGGUCGGAGGUUACGUCAUCCCCAAAAAGACCCUGAUCACCCUGUGUCACUUUGCCACAUCCCGGGACCCUGCAGUUUUCCAGAGUCCCGAUGAGUUCCUGCCGGAACGCUGGUUAAACCGGGAUCAGUCGCACCAUCCCUACGCCUCCGUGCCCUUUGGGGUUGGGAAACGCAGCUGCAUCGGACGCCGCAUCGCAGAACUGGAACUGUACCUCGCCAUCUCCAGGAUCCUGCUCGAGUUCGAUGUGAAGCCUGAUCCUGGGGGUGUCUCUGUGAAACCGAUGACCCGAACACUCCUGGUCCCAGAAAGUCAAAUCAAUCUGCAGUUUAUCGAGCGAUGACCCUCCCCUCUUCCUCUUCCUCUCUCUCCUCCUCUUCCUCCUCGUCCCUCCUCCUGAACAUGGACGCGCUAUACGAGACUGAACGCACUAAAAGAGGAGCAGGUAUUAUCUCGCAUCACCUCCAGGGGUCAUGUUUGGAUGCACCUUCACCCCAGAGACAGAACUCCGACCUGGGGCAAGAGUGAGACCGCGUGGGGGUCAGACAGCGGAGAAAAGUGGAGCAAUAGAUCAUUAACACAGUUUUAGUUUUUAAACAGCUCAGUGGAACUUUCUCUCUUUCAUUUACCUAUUUAUCUCAAGAUGAUAAGACUCCAAAUAUUUAAAGAGGGGGUAUUAUUCAAAAUCGACUUGCUGGAUCUUUUGACCAUGUUAUAAUGUUCUUCCCUCAUCAAAAACAUGCCUGAAGAUGUUUAUAUGUCAUCCAUGCAUGUUUGAGUAAUCUAGCGAUCUCUCUUAGGUCCUAUUUGACCCUCUUUAUUAUCAGUAGAAUUCUCUCCAAUAUUCCACCCAUAAAGCCUACGCUACAUCACCCAUGCUCCCCCAUGGCAAUUCUCCAUAAAUAUACAAAAACAUGAUACAAAACAAUACACUACAACUUCACAAACCUGAUGUGAUGUGCAGUAGUUUAAUUAGCAGGAUGCACGUUGAUUGUGUUGUGAUAGCGCUCAGAAGGGGGAGUGAGUUAGUGCAAGGAGCAAAGGGAGAGAGACUCAAUUAGCAAUGAGUACCCCAUAGAAGUGUAAUAAGUAUUAUACCCCCUCUUUAAAAUCAAGAGAAAAAGUGUUUUUGUUUUCUGAAAUGUUUUAAAAUGAUGCCAGAAAGUUUUUUUUAUUUGCUUUAGUUGUGUAUGUACUGGCCUAUUACAAGAAGAACAUCACCAAACAUUUAUCCCUUUGGAAGCCUCAUUUAAAACUGGGGUUCCUGAUUUUCCUGUGUAUUAGUGAAUUUCAUGUUUCCCCAUAGAUUACAAUGUAAAAGUAGCACUUUGUCACAAAAUCAGACCGCUGUGCGCUGUCUGCAUCAAACUGUAAAACUUGUAUCAAUAUUUUUUUUAUUUCUAAUCUUGUAACUACACAGAUAUUUGACAAACCAGGUCAAAACAAAAGCAUUUUAACACUUAAACAGAACAAUUUCCUCAGACUGAACGUGCAUAGUGACAGGUUUUCUUGUUUUUCUAAUUCUGACUUGGUUUGGUGGAUCGUACCUGUGUUAAAUAUUUAUCUUAUUUUUACAUCAGUUAAGUAGCAGUUUGUGAAGAAAAGUUGAGAAGAAGAAAAUACAGGAAGUAGCACUCAGUUCUAAAACAGAAUACCUCUACCUGUGCCAUUAACACCCAAAAUACCACCACCAAAUUUAGUUUAAACCUUUAUUUAGCAAAAUAAAGGUAUUGUCAUUUAUUUAGAUUAGUCUAAUCAAAGCUAUUCUGCAUUUUAGACAGUCUGGGCCCUUGUUAAUAUUAUGGUUGCUAGGGAACCAUACCUCUACUGUGUCAUAUCUGCUGCCCAGGUCCAAUCAGGAAGUUAAAUUAUGAACUUCACCAAAAUAAAAAAAUAAAAUAAAAAAAACUAGAAAAAACUAGGCAAGAUUUUUAGUAAAACCUUAAAUUAGUUCUCUGUUGUGAAACUAUUAGUCUAACCUGACAUGCAAUUUAAACUAUUUGUAAAAUUUUGACCCCAACCUAUUUAAAGGAGCCCAAAACAAAGAUGUGCUAUGGUCCAGAUAGUAAAACAAGUACGAUUUCAGAAUUAUGAGAAAUUAGCACCAUUUCCGUAGCGAUUACCAAUUUGAAACAAAAAUAUUGCAUCUUUUGAAUGGGAAAAGGUCUCAAAAUGUUGCAUAUAUCACAAGAAGCUGACACCCGUGAAUUGUCAAGUUAAACUACUCCAAAAUAACGACAUAACUUCAUAAUCUGCAACCUGAUUUUUCAUUGUAUUAUUUCCGUAAACCAAAUUUGCACAAUAUGGAAACGUGAUCAUUUGUUCCUAAGAUAUAUUCUUUUAGAUUUUAGAUUUUAAAAUCAUUUUUUGCAAACUUUAAAAAUGCCUAUUAGUGAAAUCUUCUGAUGUCCCACAGCUGAAAAGGCCACUAGAGGGCAGCAGAUCAAAUCUCUUUGGUGCUCUUUCAGUUUAAACUGUUUACUUCCUUAAACUGAUUUUCCUAUUUCAUUUUAUUACACAAUGUACAAUCAGGGGAGUCGACAGGGGAGGCAAAGUGGUCUGUUUUCCAGGGUGUUUUAGGGACCUCCAUCCUGUUCAUUUAUAUUAGAGGGGGCCCAUGUUAAGCUUUUUGCCCCCAACUUCCUGUCGACGUGCUUGUGUACAGUGUAUACAGUUGUCUAGAGUUUCAAAUGGUGCUAUUAACAAUGUUGUGUUUAUAUCAAAUAGACUGUAGGCCACUUACUUAUGGAGUUGCAAUAGCCUUAAACUUCCAAAGCAGUGGUCAGUUUAGUGGUACUUUUUAAUAAAUAUGUGAAUUCAUGAAUCAGCAGGAUGUUUUCUGACAAAUGCAACCAAAUGAAAAUGUGUUUUAAACAUGAGUGUAUAGGUUUAGAACCCAUUUUGUUUAUUGGCCAUUAGCGCUACAAACACCUAAAAGUUUCUGAAAUCUUUAGUUUAGGGUGACCAGACAUCCCCCUUGACCCGGGACAGUCCCAGUUUUGAGCCCUGUGUCCCAGUGGAUCUUUUGCUAUGGAUCAGACCUGGAUGACUGAGGGUUUACGCAAACAUCUUUUGAAAAUCUGGUCACUCUAUUUUAGUUGUAUAUUUUUGAAAUGUUGUUUUUGAACAGUAGCAAACCUCUGCAGCCCCUUGGGUGGCAUUUUCCAUCAAACUCUUGCUAAUUUUAUUGUCUAAAAUCUGUGUAUCUGUUUUAUUUUUAUUUUUCACCUGUUACUUAGCCCCCUUAGUCUAGUCAAACUUCAGGGUCCUAUACCGAAUGGCAGCUGUUUCAACUCGAUUCCUACAAUUUUGGUAUUUUCUUUGUGUAAAUAAACGGGUUCAAACUGUAACUUAGACAAUGCAACUGAUUUUCUAUUUGGUGUCAUGAUUUUGUAAACGUGCAAGCAUACAUCUUUGUUAUGUUUAUAUUUAUUCAACUGUAUUUCUUGCUGUUUUAAAGGCAUUCAAUUUUUUAC